AUGGCGGGUUUGGGGACAGUCACCCCACGGGCAAAAAGACCCCGCAGGGAGAGCAGCGGGGACCUGGGGCUCUCGGCCACCAAGGCUGGGGCUCGCCGGCGAGCCAAGAGCCGGCAGAGAGAAAGGGACCGGGGGGAGCACUGCCCGCUGCGGGGCUGGGACCCCGGGGAGCGUGUCCCACGUCCCCCCUUGGUGCCUGUGACCCCCGGGAAGGGCCGGCUGGCAAAGCUGUGUCUCGAAGGGGAGCGUCGCAGGCCGGCGUCUGCUCCCCCCUGCCCUGGGGAAAGGGAGCCUGUGAGCCCCCCGGUGCAGCCCCGCUAUAAGGGUGCCUACUUCUCGGGGCUCCCUGAAGACGAGUGCCAGGACCCCGCUGCCCCCAGCCUGCUGGUCCCCGCGGUCCCGGCACCCGGUAGGGAUGGUCCCCGGAAGACCCGCAGCACGCCGGAGCGUACCCUCGUCCUGGAGCUGGAGGGGACCCUGGUCUGCUCCUCCAUGCUCGCCGGCUGGCGGCUGGGUGCCGCGGCCACCUUCACCACGGUCUUCCAGGGAGAGUCCUACGAGGUCCAUGUGAAGCUGCGUCCCCACGUGCAGCAAUUCCUGGAGAGUCUUUCCAAGACCUACGAGCCAGUGGGGAGCCACUGCGUCAGGGUGGUGGUGGUGGGGGACUCGGGCAGCCUGUGCAGGGACCUUUGCCUGCUCCCCUAG